CCUUAGCCAAUCUGGUUGUUAAAUUGACCUAAAAUUAUUUAUACCUCUGUUGCCGCGCUUCAAGUAUCACGGUUGCUUCUGUCCUUAUGCAGACUCUAGCAUAAUUGACAUCGAAAGCUGUUUGAUGUGCUUCGCUGGUUGUUGAGUUGCUAGGGAACUUGUGCUUUGCUCGUGCAAGCCUCCAUCAAUCAACCGACAAGCUUGGCACGAGACAUCAAGGCGUUGCCUGUCCAACUUCGCUGCUGCCUAAGCACGUAAUCAGGAGUCAGACAUCAUGGCGGCUCUCGUGUUUAAAAUGGGUGCCCUGCUCCUGAAGCAGAUGGCCAAGCCCCUGGGCAGCCGCUUCGAGAGGUGGGCCAUGAACCACCCGGUGGCCCGCCGCUACGUCAUCUCCACGGCGCAGGUGGUGCACCGCUGGGAGGUGUACAUCACCCGUGGCGCGGAGGGGCGGUCGGGCAAGGCCUUCGUGGGCGCGAUGACGGAGGAGAAGUCGGUGGAGCUGGCGUCCAAGAUUGCCAGCGAGGGGUUCGUGUUUGCGGUGGGCAUACUGAUCGUCACGUUCGAGUACGACCGCAACCGGCGGAAAGAGAUCGAGAAGAAGAAGAAGGAGGAGCAGGAGCGACAGGCCAUUCUGGACCAGGCGGGCCGGGAGCGGGAGCGCCUGCGCAAGGAGAACGAGGAGCAGCACGAGCUGAUCAGCCAGCUGCUGCACCGGGUGGACCGGCUGGAGGAGCUCAUACGGGAGGAGCAGGAGCGGAGAAACAAGCAGCGCAUGUGGGGGGGCUUCUUCGGGCCGCGGGGGCUGUCA